AUGUCUUCCCCUACCAUGCUCACCAAGUUUGAAUCCAAGAGCUCCAGGGCCAAAGGAAUCGCCUUCCACCCCCGAAGACCGCACGUCCUGGUAUCGCUCCACUCCUCCACAAUCCAGCUAUGGGACUAUCGUAUGGGCACACUGCUCGACCGCUUUGAAGAGCAUGAUGGACCUGUGCGAGCUGUGGACUUCCACCCUAGCCAGCCCCUGUUUGUCUCCGGAGGAGAUGACUACAAGAUCAAAGUUUGGAGCCUCCAGACUCGGCGAUGCCUCUACACACUGAACGGACACCUCGACUAUGUGCGGUCCGUCAGCUUCCACUCCCAGAUGCCCUGGAUUCUCUCAUGCUCGGACGAUCAGACAAUCCGGAUAUGGAACUGGCAGAACCGGUCGUUGAUAUGCACCAUGACAGGGCAUACCCACUAUGUUAUGGCCGCGAAAUUCCAUCCCACGGAGGACCUCAUAGCAUCUGCGUCGCUGGACCAGUCGGUACGGGUGUGGGACAUAUCGGGACUGCGGAAGAAGCACUCGGCCCCCACGUCCAUGACUUUCGAGGAUCAAAUGGCUCGUGCGAAUGCGAACCAGGCAGACAUGUUCGGCAACACAGACGCCAUUGUCAAGUUUGUACUGGAAGGCCAUGACAGAGGGGUAAACGACAUCAGUUGGCACAAAACGCUACCAUUGCUCGUCAGCGCAGGAGACGACAGGCUGGUCAAGCUCUGGAGGAUGAGUGAGACGAAAGCGUGGGAGGUCGACACUUGUCGAGGACACUUCCAGAAUGUCAGCCAGUGCUGCUUUCACCCAUCGCAGGAUUUGAUUCUGAGUGUGGGCGAAGACAAGACGCUCCGGGUCUGGGACCUAAACAAACGAACAUCAGUUGCGUCAUUUAAGCGAGAGAAUGACCGGUUCUGGGUAAUCGCAUCUCACCCCAACCUGAACCUCUUCGCAGCUGGUCACGACUCCGGCGUGAUGGUCUUCAAGUUAGAGCGUGAGCGACCAGCUUCUACCACCUAUCAGAACCAGCUAUUCUAUGUGACCAGAGACAAGCAUGUUCGGUCAUACGACUUCACCAAGAAUGUGGAGUCACCGCCUAUGCUAUCAUUGAAAAAGCUUGGGAGCCCGUGGAUACCCCCCAGGACUCUGUCUUACAACCCCGCUGAACGCGCUAUACUGGUUACCUCGCCCGCAGACGGUGGCUCUUAUGAGCUGAUCAGCCUUCCCCGGGACGCUAGUGGCGCAGUUGAGCCGACAGACACGAAGCGCGGGUCUGGUAACUCCGCCGUUUUUGUGGCCCGUAAUCGGUUUGCGGUUUUCCAGCAGGCUACCCAGCAGAUCGAUAUUAAGGAUUUGAGCAACUCUACUACGAAAACGGUGAAACCUCCUCAUGGGACGACCGAUAUUUAUUGGGGCGGCCCAGGCUGCCUGCUUCUAAUCACGCCUACAGCGGUUGUUCUCUACGACAUCCAGCAGAAGAAACAGCUUGCUGAACUCGCAGUCAAUGCUGUCAAGUAUGUCGUGUGGUCGAACGACUCUCAGUACGCGGCAUUGCUAAGCAAACACAAUGUCACAAUUGUCACGAAGAACCUUACCCAAGUGAGCACUCUACACGAAACCAUCCGCAUCAAGAGCGCGACAUGGGAUGAUACUGGUGUUCUACUCUACUCGACACUGAAUCAUGUCAAGUACUCGUUGAUGAAUGGUGACAAUGGCAUCGUAAUGACCCUCGAUAACGUGGCUUAUCUUCAGCAUGUGAAAGGACGAACUCUGUACUGUUUAGACCGCGCCGCCAAACCCAAGCUUCUCACCAUCGACCCGACAGAGUAUCGCUUCAAGCUUGCACUCGUGAAGAGGAAUUAUGAUGAGAUGCUCAACAUCAUUCAAAAUGGGUCUCUUGUGGGUCAGAGCAUCAUCGGAUACGUGCAAAAGAAGGGCUAUCCUGAAAUUGCCCUGCAAUUCGUGCAAGAUCCUCAGACCCGCUUCGAGUUGGCUAUCGAGUGCGGCAACCUCGAUGUAGCCGUCGAGAUGGCAAAGCAACUGGACCGGCCGAAACUCUGGCAACGACUCAGCACUGAGGCGUUAGCUCACGGCAACCACCAAAUUGUGGAGAUGGCGUAUCAGAAGCUGCGCAGCUUCGACAAGCUGUCAUUCCUCUAUCUUGCCACUGGAGACCAGGAGAAGCUCACCCGAAUGGCCAAGAUCGCAGAGCAUCGAGGGGACAUGACUUCACGUUUCCAGAACGCACUCUAUCUCGGAGAUGUCGAGAACCGCAUCGAGAUGUUCAAGGAAAUCGACAUGUACCCUCUUGCUUACACGACCGCUAAAGCGCACGGUCUGGAGGAACAAUGUCAGACCGUCCUGGAGGCCAGCGGCCUCAGCGAGGACCAAAUUGUUCCAGCAACCUUGGGUGAGGCGCUGUCGCCUCCGAAGCCUGUGGUUCCGACCUACAAGGCGAAUUGGCCAACCAGGGGCACUUCGGCAUCGAUCUUCGAAAAGGCGCUACUUGGUCAGACGGAAGGACUCGAGGAUGAUCUUCUUGCGCCUGCAGCGAACGGUUAUGCGGCACAGGAUCAGCCAGAUAUUAGCGCUCCUCGCGACGCUGAUCUGAGAGAUGCUGAAGACGACGAGGACGCCGCUGGCUGGGACAUGGGCGACGAUGCCGACGCGGAAGCAGAAAGCGACUUCGUCAACGUGGAGAGUGCCGAUACCGGGGCCGGGAGCAGCGAGGCUGACAUGUGGGCACGGAAUUCGCCCAUUGCGGCCGAUCACGUUGCAGCCGGCUCAUUUGAGACUGCGAUGCAACUGCUAAACCGACAGAUUGGGGCGGUGAAUUUCAAGCCGCUGGAAAGCCGCUUCGAGGAAAUCUAUCAGUCCACAAGAACAUACCUCCCUGCCAACCCCGGUAUGCCGCCACUAGUCAAUUACGUGCGCCGAACACUCGACGAGACCGACUCGCGGCGAAUCUUGCCGCUCAUCCCCCGCGAUCUCGAAUCCAUCGUCACGAUUGAGAUGGCCGCCGGAAAAAGCGCCAUGCAAAAGAACAAGCUCGAAGAAGGCGUCCAGACCUUCAAAAAAGUCCUCCAUCUCCUCAUGGUCAACACCGUCGCCUCACCCCAGCAACAACAAGAAGCCAAGGCCAUCAUCCACACCGCCGCGCAAUAUGUCCUGGCCAUGUCGAUCGAGCUUGAGCGCCGAAAACUCACGAGCAACAGCACCGACCUCUCCUCCUUCCCAGACGACGUUAAGAAGCGCAGUCUCGAGCUAAGCGCCUACUUCACCGUCCCCGAUAUCGAGCCCGCGCACAAGACCCUCGCACUCUUCGCGGCCAUGAACUUUGCGAACAAAAACAAGGAGUACAGAACCGCGCUCAGCUUCGCCAAUGCACUGAUAGACCGCGGCACCAGUGCUAAAUUUAAAGAGAGCGCCCGCAAAAUUAAAACCCUCUGCGAGCGCAACCCUACCGACGCGAUCGACAUCGACUUUGACCAGUUCGCCGACUUCGACGUCUGCGGCGCGUCCUACACGCCCAUCUACGACGGAUCACCGAGCGCGAGCAGCCCGUUCUCGGGUGUGAGGUAUCAUACCAAGUUCAAGGGGACGGUGUGUCGGGUUGAUGAGGUGUGUCAGAUUGGGGCGCCGGCUAGUGGGCUGAGGUUGUUUGCUUGA